AAUAUUCUGACACUGCAUUACCUUUUCUGUAACGAUGUCUACAGUCUUCACUACAGAUCGAGUCUAGUCUUGGGCCAGCCAGCUGCCAGCUGAUUGAUCAAGGAGUUACCAUCAUCAUGAGUGUUCCAAACAAACUCUUGACCCUUGUGUUGAUCCAUCAGAACACCCGGCUCCUGCUUGGGAUGAAGAAACGAGGGUUUGGUGUCGGGAGAUGGAACGGCUUUGGUGGGAAGGUGCAACCAGGGGAAACCAUCUUAGAGGGAGCAGAGAGAGAAUUGCUUGAAGAAAGUUGUGUCAGGGCACCAGACAUGAAGCACAUUGGACGCAUAGACUUUGAGUUUGUUGGUGAACCACAGAUCAUGGAAGUACAUGUCUUCAAAGCAACCGAGUUUGAAGGAGAGCCAGCUGAAACAGAAGAGAUGAGACCGCAGUGGUUUGAUGUAGAUUCCAUUCCCUUCCAUACCAUGUGGCCUGAUGAUGUCCUGUGGUUCCCAUUAAUGCUGAAGGGGUCAAAGUUCAAAGGUUAUUUCAAGUUUGAGGGCAUGGACAAAUACCUGGAGUACAACCUAGAAGAGCUGGACCAAAGUGCUGAGAUACAAAGCUCAUGACACAAGUCUUCACUCUGAGAUGGACUCAGAACUGAAAUACAUUCCUCAACAGGGUGAGCAGUCUAAUGGAUUGUCAUCAGCUGAAAGGCAAUCUGUAUUUGCCUAAAUGCACUCUACAUCAUUGAUUUUGUUUCAUAGUCAAAGUGUUCUCUUCUCUCCUCUCAUUGAGAAGAAAUUAACAAAAGUCUACAUACUGUGCCACAUUUGUUUUCAUCCAUAACUGAGGAAUAGCUAAUUUUGCCUGAGAGCUAGGCUAAAUAUAUUCUCACUUGUGCUACAUUCCAAUGAUAAUGUUUAUCUGUGAUGAAGGAAAAAAAUUGCACCGAUAAUCACACUUAUAUACUGACUUUGUCUCAAGGUUACCCAUCCUCAAACUUUUUGUGUUGUAAUAUCACUUCUUCAAUUUUGUAAUAUUUAUGUACAGUAGGGUAUGGUAUCCUGCAACAGUUUUCAAACUUUUUUUGUGUUUUGCCCAUGUUGAAAUUUAUUGCAAAGGAUCACAGUGAUUUAACGCAUAACUCCAAACCAAGUCUGCAGCUUUUUACCUGUAUAUACUUCUUAAAUUUCUUUACUCUGUUACAGAAGAGCUUUGACAGGAUUUAUUUGAUUUAUUUCAAACUUUUACUGAUAAUGUACUUAAAAGACCAAAAUCUGGAAAUGAAAAUUAAGUGAAUUAAGCAUAGUGCACCUCACAUUUCUGUCUCAUUAAUACAUGCAAAAAUUAAGGGCCAUUAUGCAGUAGAGCGGUCUCUCAUCAAUCAUCUACAUGUAGGUGUACAGUUUUGACCAAGCAGUGUUUUAAUGUGGUUAACACUGUGUGAACAGCGUAACAGAGAACUUCAUUGAAAUAAGAUUCUACCGUUAUUGAUUACCUCAUCAUUUUUUUAGUGUGUAAGAUUGUGUUUGUGUAUCACAAAUCUCUGAUACUGAUUAUGGCCAUUAGAAAUGAUUGUGCAUGUGUAGGCCUACAGCCAUUUUAUAGAAGUCUUUCAUUCAAAUUAGACCCCACAGAGGAUUCUAUAAAUUAUGCUCAGGACUAUGACCAAUGCUCCGUUCUUCAUCUCCCUAUACAAACCAACGUUUAGGGAUAGGUACAGUGUUUGGUCUAGGGUUGAAGUUAGGAAUCUGGGCCUCGUUUCAUAAAACUUGUUAUCAAUAACAACUUGCCAUAACUGUUGAAAGCUACUGAAAUCAUUGCAUGUGAUUGGCUGAGAGGAAAUUUGUAAAAGAAAUGUGACACGUGUUAUUGAUGACAAAUUUUAUGAAACUGGAGCCCAGCUGAUUUCUGACUUCAAACCUAGAGCAAACACUUAAACCUAUCCCUUAACCUAACCUAAGACAAAAUUACAGUCCUAGUUCUAACUAUAACCUUACACAUUUGAUGUUAUAAACCCCAGGGCAGUUGUUGCUGGAGCUUGCAUUCGUUCGUUCGUUCGUGUCUCCUUAGAUCAAGAUUAAUGUAUCUUGAUCUUCGGAGUAGUUGCUAUACAACCGGCCGUGUCAGACACGUUGCC